AUGACGUUAAGGUCGUCGUGCUUUAUUAUUUUGUUUUUUUUUAGUUUCAGUACAGGCGCUGUUAUUGAACAAAGAAACUUUUUGACACGAGAAGCUUGUUUGAAGAAUCCUAAGCUCGUAUUCUGUAGUGAAAGUGCUAGCCCUUCCCCGCAAAGUGCAGACAAUUCACCGAGCUCCACCACAGUCAAAGAAGCUCCGUCAGACACUGAUGAUGCCCCUAGGAAGGCAGAUGCAGUCAUAGACAACGGAGCUGCGACUGCUCAUAACACAAGGAAUGGCAAAAGACAUUUGGAUUUGGUUGUCCCUCCUCCAUUACCUCAAGGAGUCAAAACGAAAGCAAUGCUGGCUGAUAAAGACAAUGCUGACGAAUUUGUGUCGAGAGAUGUGAAGCCUACAGCAACAAAUGAAGAGAAGCAAGAAGCAUUAAUGAAGUUUGAACAGCUGCGCCAAAAAUGUGUCAAAUUCGGCCCUCUGGUGAAAGAAAACUGCAAAGAGAAAGAUACACCCAAAGAGCAUGUGGGCCGUUGUGCGGCUUAUUUCAGAGAUUGCUCUCGUUUUAUGGCCAAAUCAAAUCCGUUAUAUGAUGUGGCACAUUCAUUUUCAUCUGGAGUUAAUGUAAACUUGGCUACGGUAGAAGUAAAUGGAAUUCCUUAUUAUCCUAUUAAUGAAGAAGGAGGUGUAGGAGUAUCUCAUACAUUAGGCAUACCAUUCGGUUCCUGGGGAGGUGGCUUCUCACAAGGCGUCGGUGUAAGAGAUUAUUGGUCGUCUAAUCAAGAAGUUGGUGCUAAUUGGUACGACGGCAAAUAUGGAUACAAAAACGGCUGGUCCGUCCCUCUUGUUCAAUCAUUGGGCGUUGAAGGGGGUCAACACAAUGUUGUUUCCGUUCCGUUGCAUGGAAAAGAUUUUGGACGAAUUGGUGUGGACAAUGGCUAUCACGUUGGCGGCUAUUAUGGCCAUAACGAUCAUGUGGGGGUAGACUGGAAAAAAGGCAAUGUUGCUCAUACAUUUGGUGUUGGUGCACCAAUAGCUGGAGCCGGCUUCAUGACUGGACAAGCUGUAGCAUUCCCCGCUACUUUGGGAGUUCUCCUGAUGAAUGGCAACCCCCCUUCCACUCUAAUUGUGGGUGAUGUUACCGUUCCAUCAAACCAACAAGGAUGGGACCAAGCUCAAGCUGAGAUCGGCUCACCCACAUCUCUAGAAUAUCAACAGGAAGAAGAUGAAGAUGAAUUCUCUUCAGAUGACGAUGACAUUCAAUAUUGCGAUUGCAUAGUUGCUGCUUUGCAACAAAGUUUACCUGGAACACCUGGAAAACGAGGUGUCAUACCAUAUACGUCUGUUUAUGACACUCAACAGCAAGCACGCAAGCGAGGUUAUUGGAUUCCUGGGGUGCCGGUCAACGCGAAAAUUGUGAAUGCGGAAAAGAACACAGAGAGUGGCAUUCAUUUCAUUAACACAUUCCUUUAUACGAUUGAGUUGGAGCAUGGCAAGUUCAGAUGGACAGUAGUUCGUAAUUACAAAGAUUUCACCUUGUUGAACAAUCGGUUACUUGCUCAUCGUGCUGCCGAACGCAUUCGAGCACCCGUCCGAAGAUUCCGAAGGAACGGUAAAGUUCGAGAAGCGCAAGAGAAGGUUGAUGCCAUCCUUGAGCAUGUGCAUUCAGACACGACUGUUACUCAUAAGGAAGAAUGUCCUUACAGUAAAACUACCAGCACGAAGAAAAAAACAAAAAUGGAAAUCCUCAAACCUACUGUGGAAGCCUUUGAAACUGCUGCCAAAAGGGGAAAGGAAGCUCCUUUAGCAACAGCGGAAAGUCCAUUGGAAACUCCAAAUGAUGAGCGACGAGCAAGCAUGAUUGAAGCUGUUAAUUCUGGAAUUCUACAAGAAGAACCUGAAACUAAACCUUCCAACUCUGAAAUGCAAGUCAUCAAGGAAGAGAGUGUCAUUACACACACUGAAGAUCAAGAACAGUAUUUUGCGAAGGAUUCUGAGCAAGAACAACACCUUUUGAACGCUUCGGCCAAGAAGAUGAAAGCUCGGAGAAGGAAGAAGCACACACUUCCUCCUUUCCCUCGUUUGCCGGACUAUAUGGUUACGAAUGUGACUCUUCGCAUGGAACAAUUAGAAAAUUGGUUACAAAUGAUUCUGCAUAUUCCCAUAAAUAGAAAUCACCAUGAAACUGCUGAAUUCUUGGAAAUAUCCAGAUUCUCAUUUGUCAAUGAUUUGGGAGAGAAACAUACUGAGGGAUUUGUGAAGAAGAGACCUGGAGGAUCUCGUGUCUUCCUGGGUUGGAAACAGUGCUGCGUAAGAUACUUUGUGCCAUGGAGUAGAAGGUGGCUCAUGGUUCGUGAUUCUUUUGUUGCUUACAUGGAUCCCAGCUCUGAGCAAAUUCGGUUAGUGUUGUUGAUGGAUCGAGACUUUAAAGUUGCUGCUGGAGGAAGGGAAGCUGAUGGCAUUCCCACAGGCUUAAUCAUUACUAACACUCAACAUGAACUACAUUUGAAAUGUGGUCGCUUACAAGAUACUAAUAGAUAUAAAAGAGUGAUUGAACAAUCAACUGCUGGUCCAGGGAAUGUUUGGAUUCAACCGCAUCGGUAUGCUUCAUCCUUCCCAAUCCGUACCAACAGCUAUGCCAAAUGGUUUGUUGAUGCUCGUUCCUUCAUGGCUCAUGCCGCCGACAUGAUGGAAUUAGCAAGAGAAGAGAUUUUCAUUUGUGAUUGGUGGCUGAGUCCGGAAAUUUACAUGAAGCGUCCUGAUCUCACUGGAGCUUAUUGGCGAUUAGAUCACAUUCUCAAGAGAAAAGCUAAUCAAGGUGUCAAGAUUUUCAUUUUGCUCUAUAAGGAAAUGGAAAUGGCGCUUGGGCUGAACAGUAUGUAUACCAAACGUACACUUCAAGGAUUACAUCCAAACAUCAAGGUAAUGCGCCAUCCUGAUCAUUAUCCAUCAACCGGAACUUUCUUCUGGGCUCAUCAUGAGAAAUUAAUCGUAAUCGAUCAACUUAUUUCAUUUGUCGGAGGUGUUGAUUUAUGUUUUGGAAGAUGGGAUGAUGAUCAGCACUUGUUAACGGACAUGGGCUCUGUGCAAUUCGAUCAAAAUCACGAAAUCAACAAAGAAUUCUCUUUCGCUAAAGGAUUACAAGCACUCGCGAUAGCUCCACUGAAGUUGAGUCCAUUGGGAUUAGAAGAAGACGAAGAGGUUAUUCCUUCUGAUGAAACUCAUCCCAGGUUCCCUGCGCACACUAUUCCUCGAGUUUGCCCAACUGAUGCUAGUGGAUCAUGUCAUCCCAAGGUUACAAACAUCAUUAUCACUAAUGAUGAGGAUGUUGUGGACAGCGUCAACCUCGGCAACGACGCAGAUGAAAUCGUCUACACUGAUAAGGAAACGGGAGGAGUCAUGGUCAAAAUUCUGAAGAAAAUCAGCAAACCGAACAAGGCCGCUGUGGUGAAAUACAAAACGAGUACCAGUGUGCUGAGUGCAGGAGAUAGGUCUUCCCAAGUUUCUGUUAAUUCGGACAAGAAAGACGAUGGCAAAGAAAAGAAGCCCGCUCGUGUGAAGCACACUUCUUCUUCCGAUAAGAAGAUACCAAUUGAAGUGUUGGACCAGGCUGGUCCGGCAACCUCGUUUUUGGAUAAAGCUGCAAAAAGCGGAAUGGAUCUGGCUACAGCAGCUGAAAGAUACAAAGCGUAUGUAAACAGUGGAGCCAUCCAAAAAGAGAAGCAUCGUUCCCAAACACCACCAAUGAAACGGAAAGAGAGUCGAAUCACGCGUGCCGUAGACAAUUGGAAAAGUCAGAGAGCGAAGAGAAAGUGGAAAGAUGUUUUGGACGCAGAUGAUCCGAAUGGAUAUGAAAUAGAUUUCCUACGACUCAUGAAAAAGGAAGACCAAUCUGAUGAUUGUGUAGAUGGAGCAGCUAAACUUUGGGUUGGAAAAGAUUAUGUCAAUUUCGUUCACAAAGAUUUCAUAGAAGUUGAUAUGCCUUUCCACGAUUUCAUUGAUCGCGGAACUACUCCACGUAUGCCAUGGCACGAUAUUCAUUCAGUAACCUUUGGCGUUCCCGCUAGGGAUGUAGCAAGGCAUUUCAUCCAACGGUGGAAUGCUACUAAAACUGAAAAACUUAAAAACGAUGCCAACUACCCUUAUUUGCUUCCCAAAACAUACGAGUCUUUGAAACUACCUCGUGUCUUCCGAAAUCCCAAGUUCGCUGAGAAUGUUAACGUUCAGGUGUUACGCUCUUUAUCCAAAUGGUCUGGACUGAUCAACCAAACGGAAGAGUCAAUCCAAAUGGCUUAUCUCUCACUGAUAGCCAACGCAAAGCAUUACAUCUACAUUGAAAAUCAGUUCUUCGUGUCGAUGAUAGAUUCGCCUGAAGUCAGCAAUGAGAUUUGUAAGGUUAUCUAUGAACGAAUCGUCCGAGCGCACAAGGAGAAGCAGAACUUCCGUGUGUACAUAAUGAUACCUCUUCUUCCUGGUUUUGAAGGAGAUGUGGGAGCUCCCAAAGGCUCUUCUCUACAGGCUGUUCUACAUUGGACUUAUCAGUCUCUCAGCCGGGGUCCCAACUCGUUGAUCGAAAGGUUGAAGUUGGUGGUGCCGGAUCCUCAUAAAUACUUAAGUAUUGGCUCUCUCAGGACUUAUGAUCUACUUAAUGGCAAACUUGUAACAGAACUUAUCUAUAUCCAUUGCAAGUUGUUAAUUGUUGACGAUGAACAUGUUAUUAUUGGCUCUGCUAACAUCAAUGACCGUUCUCAGGUUGGAAAUCGUGAUUCUGAAGUUUGUUGUUUGUACUCGGAUAUCAAUUUCGAACAGAGUAUGAUGGACGGCAAGCCGUACAAAGCGGGUCGUUUUGCUAGAAGUCUUAGAUUGCAAUGCAUGAAGGAACAUUUGGGGCUCUUAUCGAACAGUCGAAGAAAAGCCAAAUUCCCAUACGAGGUGACUUGCGAUGAUCCCGUAGCCGAUUCGUUCUUUGUGGACGUUUGGCAAGAUACUGCUCGUUCUAACACCACUAUCUACGAAGAGGUAUUCCGAGCUUUCCCUACUGAUUAUGUGGAAACAUUGGAAGAAUACGAAAAAUGGACGAGGCAAAUGCCUCUGGCGAAAUAUUCCCCUCAACAAGCGGAAGAGCGAAUGCGAGAUGUCAGAGGUACUUUAGUAGAGUUCCCGUUGAAGUUCUUUGUUAGACACGUAUUAACCCCAGGAAUAACUUCCAAAGAAGGUCUUGUGCCAUCAGCUGUGUUCACAUAA